AUGAGCACCGUUUUCCGCCGUGCCUACAGCACCAAGUCUCUCAUCCCCCCUAACGUUGCUGCCGCCACCAAGGUCUCUGGCUCUGGCAAGGAUGCCCAGAUUGGUCAGCUUGUCAACUUUUACAAGCAAUUGCCCAAGGGUGCUGCUGAGGCUCCCAAGCCCUCUGGUCUUUUCGGUCGCUACAAGGCCAAGUACAUUGAUGGUGACAACGCUUCGGUUGUCCCCUUGCUUCACCUUUUGUUCGGUGUCUUCGUCGCUGGUUACAGCAUCGACUACCACUUCCACUUGAAGCACCACAAGAACGUCGAACACCAUUAG